AUGUUUAGGAAGUUCAUCGGACUGACGAGACCUUUUUCUACAGGACGGCGUGUUCUGAAUCCGGAAUCGCCUGUCUCCUUUGCUGGCGUUGCGAAAGCUGUUAACGCAGCUAGCAACCCCAUGUCGAACGUCAUUGCGCCUCAAGCGAACGCCAGCGACGUUGGUUCCAGAGCUUCCAAAAAGCGCAAUGAGCACACGGUGAAGUACAUUCUAAAUUGUUUGUUCACCAAAAAUAAUACGCACUUUACCUACUCUGCAGUGGUGGAAGAUCUAAACUACCUCAAGAACAACGCAGAUGCGAGCUACAACAAAAAAUUCCUAUACUACCUGAAACUUCCGCAAAAGGUCAAAUUUAGACUAUCCACAGGCAAUUUGGGUUUCCGUAAGGCCGCGCGUGGCGAAUACGAAGCGACUUUCCAGACGAGCGCGCGCUUGUUCCAGAUGGCUCACCAGAAAAAACUGCUGGAUAGAAAUGUCGAGAUUGUAAUGAAGGACUUCGGGAAGGGCCGGGAGGCCUUUAUCGCGGCUCUCAACGGUAAAGAGGGCACUGCCUUCCGCAAGAGCGUGGUCAGAGUGAGCGAUGCGACUCCAAUCAAAUUUGGUGGUGUCAGAGCACCCAGACAAAGACGUUUGUAA